CGGAGGUAGGCAGGCAGGCAGCCAGCCAGCCAGCCCCGCAGAUCGCGUCAGCGCGGCCUCCGCUUGCGACAUCCGACGCGACCGACCCCCGCGAUAGGCACAAAAUAGCCUGAACGAACGAGCAAGCAAGCGAGCACCUAAGCUAUCGCACGACGCGCACUCAACCCUAGGUAGCGUAGCUAACUCGACUCGACUCAACUCUACCUACACCAACACGCCUCACCCCACGCAACCAUGGCCACCACCACGACGGCCUUCGCCUCCCCACAAUCCCCCCCCUUCAGCUCCCUCCCCCACCUGCACCUCCGCGCCGCACGCUCCGCACAAACCAAACCCGCCUUCCUCUCCGCCCUGCGCACAGCACUGCUCGACGUAGGUUUCCUGUACCUAGACUACACGGGCGACGCGGUGCUGCCGGAGGCGCUGGUGCAGGACGUGGUGCGCGAGGGGAUCGGCUUCUUUGACUUGCCGGAAGAGGAAAAACGCCGGAUCGAGAUGAAGCAUCAGAAGAGCUUUUUGGGGUGGAGUCGUCUGGACAACGAAACGACCGCCUCCCGUCCCGACCACCGCGAGCAACUCGACCUCUCAACCCCGCACCCACUCCCGGGCCCCACCGCACCCAACUACCACAACCUGCUAGCGCCGAACCAGUGGCCCUCGGCAGAACUACUACCGCGCUUCCAGCCCGUGCUAGAAGCGUACAUGGUUGCCCUAGGGCGACUCAGCAGUUUCUUCAUCCAGCUGGUCGCCGAAGCGCUGGGCAUGCCCCCGGACGCGUUCGCGCGCUUCUUCGACGCGGACCAGCAGCACAAGCUCAAGCUGGUGCGGUACCCGGAGGUCGGGCCCGAGGUGGCGGCCGAGGACGAGCAGGCCCGCCAGGGCGUCGGCCCGCACAAGGACAGCAUGCUGGCGAGCUUCCUGCUGCAGGCGAGUGCGCAGCGCGGGCUGCAGGUGCUCAACGCAGCCGGGGCAUGGGUAGACGCGCCGCCGGAGCCGGGCACGCUCGUCGUGGCGUUUGGGCAGGGCCUGGAGGCGCUGACGCAGGGCGUUGCUAAGGCGACGACCCAUCGCGUCCUCUCGCCGUAUGCGGGCCAGGGCGCCCGCUACAGCAUCCCGUUCUUUCAGGGCGUCAGCUACGAUGCCCGCUUCGAGGAGAUGGAGGUGCCCGAUGCGGUGCGCGCGCUCAAGCGCUGCCGGGGCGGCGAAGACGACGGCGUCGACUUUGCCUUUGUUAAGGGUAGGUGGGGCCACUUGGGCGAGGCGACGCUGGUGAACCGCGUGCGGAGCCACCCGGAUGUCGGUGAGCGCUGGUACCCCGAGAUUGUCGCGCGGAUCCGCGGUGAGCAGCAGUAG